AUGGAGGAUGUAGAGUUUGCAACUUAUCAGGAGUUGAGGGAGGCGAAGGCUAAGGAAAUUAUAAAUCUGAAGCAAGGCAGGAUGUUCGUAAAAGAUUAUGCCUUGAAGUUUCAUCAGCUGUUGCGUUAUUCUUUUGAAUUAGUGUCUAGCGUGAGGAAUAGAAUGAGGAAGUUUUCUUUGGGGUUAUACCGUGAGUUAAACUUGAAGAGUAAGGCUGCCUUGUUGAACAAGGAUAUGGAUAUCUUUAGACUUGUAGUAUACAUGCAACAAAUGGAAGAGGAAAAGAAUAAGCAAGCGGAGAUGAGUAAAAGGCAGAAUAAAAAGUUUUAUUUUCUGGAUCUGGGUAAAGGUUUAGAGCUCCAGAGGCCCAAUCGUAGGCUAGCGCGGCUCAGUCAGCUCUGUCAUAUCCUUCUUAUAGAUUUUGUGAGGGAUUGUCCUCCUAAGGUUGCUUUUGGGGUGAAUAAGAUUCUUGUUGAUGCUUCAUCCACUCCUACACCAAUGGGUUCUACUUUUGCUUCUGGCUCUGGCACUGGCGGGAACCAUCUAUAUGAGACGCGCCUGUUUACUCUGCGUAGAGUUCAUCGUUCUCAGUCCACAGCCGGCCACCAACAGAGACCAACGGCGAAUGCCGAUGAACGAGGACUGAGUGAAGAUUCAAUGGUGGCGGUUGGCUUUAGUCGAUUUGCUGCUGUGGAUGUUAUAAGGAAGGACUUGCUGGUCGAAUCCGUUGAGGUGUUCAAUCAAGGCGGUCAGGCUGAUUCCUAUUCUUUUGCAAGGGACAUAAUGCAAAACGGAAAUGCUGAAGCAGCUGUCUACAAUUCGAAGAAACUCGAGGAUGCUAUGCAUGAGACGGGUCUAAAACUUAAACAUCAUGAAGAGAAUAUCAUAUUCCUAAAAGCUCAGAAGAAUGGAUUGGAUAAUUCAAUCUUAGAUAUGCAAGUCGCUUUUGGGAAGUAUCAUACAGCAGGAAAAUCUGGUUCUGAAAAUGAGGAACUUUCCCAUGUACGGAGUGAGGAAGAGACAAUUGAACACAUCUUAAAACAUGAGAAAUCUGCAGCUGGCAUCUGGUGCCAGCUAAAAACUCAUCAUGGAACUCAAGCUUCUCAUCUUCCUAUGCUGAAGGAUAUUCUGGGAGUUGUUGCUAUGCUUGGGAAUGUUGAUGAUGACAAUCUUAACAGGCUCCUCUCGGAUUAUUUGGGACUUGAGACAAUGCUAGCAAUUGUUUGCAAGACUUAUGAUAGUAUUAAAUCACUGGAGGCAUACGACAAGGAAGGUCACGUAAACAAAACUUUGGGUCUUCAUGGACUUGGAGCUUCUAUUCAAAGACCUUUGGAUGGCCACUUUCUUGUUAUCUGUCUUGAAAAAUUAAGACCAUAUCCUGAUGAUUUCAUAGCUGAUGACCCUCAAAGGAGGCUUGAUAUUCCCAAGCCAAGAUUACCCAAUGGGGAGUCUCCACCCGGUUUUCUUGGUUUUGCUGUGAAUAUGGUCAACAUAGACAGUGUGAACUUAUAUUGUGCUACAAGCACUGGUUAUGGUCUAAGAGAGACUCUCUUCUAUAGCCUGUUUUCCCGCUUGCACGUAUACAAAACAAGAGAAGAUAUGCUACAGGCUCUUCCUUGUAUUAGACAUGGCGCCAUAUCCUUGGAUGGUGGGAUGAUAAAGCAUAACGGUGUGUUUUCCCUGGGCAAGAGGGAAAUAGAUGUGAAAUUCCCAAAGAGCUCUGGAAGGUCAAGUCUGCCGCAGAACUACUUUGAAAUGGAAAGACAGAUAAAGGAAAUGAAGUGGAAAAAAGAAAGAGCUGUAGAAGAUAUGCAGCGGGAACAGGCUUUGCUAGACCAUGCAAGGUUCAACUUUGAUAUAAAGAAGCAAGAGUAUUUGAAGUUUCUUGCUCAAAGCUCAUCCUACGCAACACAGCCGAGCUUCAGGUAGGAGUGGAGCACUUGACCCUGAUAGCAUGAUUGACGGAAAUCUGAGAGCAUUUUGAGUAUUGGAAAAGAAGAAGCUCUAUCAGUAAUCAAUCCUGCAUCAUUCAGUCUGAAAUGUUGCUCCCCAUGAUUAAUAGAAUAAUAUUAUGAAUUCCUGAUUCCCGUCCAGCUCAAUUUCAUGCAUGUAACAUAUUUAGAUGCAUGGUUUGACAACCUGACGCAAGGUUAUAGAAUUUGUAGUUAACUGUACAUGCAUCUUGUAGUAAUGUUGCAAAUUCCCAGUUUCUACCAAAGCUGGAAAUGGAAUGUGAUCCAACAGAAAAGUUUCAACUACAAUGUGCCUUGGCAUGUUGGAAAUAGUGGGCAUGAAUGCUAGUAUCCUUGAAUCAGGUUCAUCUGUGUUUGUGUAAAGGUCAACUGACAGUUUCAGAAAGCAUCGCGUUUUAUGGAUAAAUUCUCUGUUGCAAUCAUUGAUUGCAUAAAGUGUAGCAAUUAUAGAUUAGCAUUUUCCUGUAAGAUUUUAUUUUCCAAA